CGGAUAUUUUUUUUUCUGCGAACAAUAGCGCAAUUAAUGAGCCAAGAUUCGACUUUUGACGUUCGACUCUGCGGAUGGCGAUGAAGGACACGCCCGAGAGCUGCAGCAGUCGCGCCGGGGUGGAUUCGUCACGGACCCACCCCCGCCGCCAGCAGCAGCAGCAGCAGCAGCAGCAGCGCCACAAGUUGGAGGCGUACGCCGAGGUCCUUCGCCGCCUGAGGAAGGCCGGGCGGCCGGAGGUGCUGUCCCCGUCCUUCGAGGACGGGUUGCUCAACCACUUCAAUCGUCUUCCGGAACGUUAUGCCUUGGAUGUAAACGUGGAGAGGGCAGAAGAUGUGCUGACACAUAAAAAGUUGCUGGAACUGGCUCAAGAACCUGCCAACGGGCCUGUCUUUGCUGUGCGCUUGGUGCAGGUCCCUCCAUUUCCUGAAGGAAAGCAAGUUGAUUCUUCUGAUUCUGAUGCACCAAGAACAGGACAUGCUCAGUCUGAUUCAACUUGCUUUAGGCAAGGUGUUCAUCCUCCUCCGCUCUUUGGUUCAUCGCCCAAUCUCGAGGCUCUUGCUUCUGAAGGCAGCAGGCAACAGGUUCAAGAUGGAGCUAGUGUUGCAAAAGCUAUACAGCAUCUCAGGCCCUUGCAUGAAAUCACCUUUUCCACACAUGACAAGCCAAAGCUUCUAAGUUUGCUGACCUUUUUGCUCGCGGAGCUUGGCCUAAACAUUCACGAGGCACAUGCAUUUUCAACAAGUGAUGGUUAUUCGUUGGAUGUGUUUGUUGUUGAUGGUUGGCCUUAUGAGGAAACCAAGCAGCUUAGGGAUUCAUUGCAGAAGGAAAUUCACAAGAUGGGGAGACAAGCUUGGUCAAAGUCUCAUCCAUGGUCUCCUCUAAAUGAGAAUGCACAGUGUGGAUUCGACUCUCUGCCUAACCAUGUACAAAUACCAACAGAUGGGACUGAAGUAUGGGAGAUUGAUUUUCAACAGCUCAACUUUGGAAAUAAAGUAGCAUCUGGAUCACAUGGUGAUCUUUAUCAUGGAACAUACAAUAGCCAGGACAUAGCAAUUAAAGUACUAAAGCCCGAGAGUGUAAAUGUAGACAUGCAGCAAGAAUUUGCACAGGAAGUCUUCAUCAUGCGGAACAUACACCACAGGAAUGUGGUGCAGUUUAUUGGUGCUUGUACUAGGCCUAACUUCUGUAUUGUUACAGAAUUUAUGUCAGGGGGAAGUGUGUAUGACUUUCUUCAUAAACAGAAAGGAGUCUUUGAGCUUCCAGCUUUGCUCCAAGUAGCAAUUGAUGUAUCUAGGGGAAUGAACUACUUGCACCAAAAUAAUAUUGUCCAUCGGGAUCUAAAGACUGCCAAUCUUCUGAUGGAUGAGAAUGAGGUUGUUAAGGUUGCAGAUUUUGGUGUUGCACGUGUUAAAGCUGAGUCUGGAGUUAUGACUGCUGAAACAGGAACAUACCGCUGGAUGGCUCCUGAGGUCAUAGAACACAAGCCCUAUGAUCACAAAGCUGAUGUUUUUAGCUUCGGAAUUGUACUGUGGGAGCUUCUUACAGCUAAGCUCCCAUAUGAAAACUUGACUCCACUCCAAGCAGCAGUUGGCGUGGUUCAAAAGGGCUUGAGACCUACCAUCCCAAAGAAUGCUCAUCCAAAGCUUGCUGAGCUGAUGGAGAACUGUUGGCUGCAAGAUCCAACUGACAGGCCUGAUUUCUCAGAAAUACUACAGAUACUACAACUUAUUGCUAAAGAGGUGGGAGAUGAAUCGGACGAUUGGCUCAUGGAAUAUCCAUCAGGAGACGACGUGCGCUAUUCCUCACUCUUCACAGCUCCCCCGCAUCAUCCUCAUCUCUCUCUCCAAUCACUCUUCAAGAUCAAUAGGCACGAAUCCCCACCAGAAUUCCUUCUUGAGAGAGAGAGAGAGAGAGAGAUGGGGAGCGUGAAGGUGUACGGGCCGGCCAUGUCGACGGCCGUGUCGAGAGUCAUGGCUUGCCUCCUAGAGAAGGAGAUGCCCUUCCAACUCCUCCCUAUCCACCUCCCCAAAGCCCAACACAAGUCUCCUGACUUCCUCAAGCUCCAGCCAUUCGGCCAAGUGCCAGCCUUCCAAGACGGCGACGGCACCACCCUUUUCGAGUCGCGGGCCAUCUGUCGUUACAUCUGCGACAAGUUCGCCGGCCAAGGCAACCGGUCGUUGCUCGGCCGAGAAGGCGGCGGUGCCGCCGACCGGGCGCGCGUGGACCAGUGGGUGGAGGCCGAGGCCCAUAGCUUCAAUCCCCCCACCUCCGUCUUGGUCUUCCAGCUGGUGUUCGCGCCGAGCAUGAGGCUGAAGCAGGACCCCGCGGCCAUCAGAGAGAACGAAGCGAAGCUGAGAAAGGUGCUCGGCGUGUACGAGCGGCGGCUGGCGGAGAGCAGGUUCCUGGCGGGGGACGAGUUCUCGCUCGCGGAUCUCUGCCACCUCCCCAAUGCCCACUACAUCGUUAGCGCCACGGACAAGGCGGAGCUGCUCACCUCCAGGAAGAACGUGGCGAGGUGGUGGGAGGAGAUCUCGGCCCGCCCGUCGUGGAAGAAGGUGCUCGACAUGCGCGGCGCUCCGCCGGCUUGAUUGGCCUGCCGUGUGACUAGUCGACAAGCCGAGAUCGGGCCGUCUCGUGGGGCGACUGCAGGAAAAGCCCAUAUGGUCCUCUAUAUAUAUAUAUAUAUAUAUAUCUUAUGAUUCUGAUACUUUUAAUGCGAUUAGAAUUCAAUUCA